AUGUAUAAUAACAAUAAAUAUCACAGGAGUAAUAACAAAAAAAUAAAUAAACAAAUGGAGAAAGCAGAGGAGAGAGAUAGACCCAUCGCAAUAGAUAUAGACACAGGCAUAACUAGAGAGUAUUUAACAAAAAUACUGGACACAAAACAAAGAGACAAAGAAAUAGAAACAAACAAAGCAGAACUUGAAGACAAAACAAAGCUAUUAGAAGAGUGCAUGCAGAGAGGAGGAGUUGAAAUUCUAAAGGACAUAGACAAAUUACCUCAAGUUAUACAAGGAAUGAAGCUGUUUAAUAAGCAGAUAGACGAGGCAGAGGAGCAGAUAAUGGAAACAAGUGUUCACCAGGGAGAGAUAAAAAAGGCUCUACAUGAGAUAAAGAGGGUUAACGAAAGAGUGAAAGAGUCGAUUUCGGGGGCGUACAGAAUUAAAGAACUAAUUGAAAAUGGGAAAAAUUUAGAAAGAAUCACAAACAAAGCGCUAAUAAAAGUGGAUGCGCUGAUAAAUGAAAGGAGAGGAGUAACAGACGAAGAUGCAAGAACAAUAUUUUUAUGGGUGCUGGCGUAUAAAAAGAUGAUAAUUAUAUCAAGGCAGUUUGUAGAGUAUUCAUUUUAUGAAGCCAUACAGUCACAGGUCAGAGAAACAGAAAAAAAAUUAAUAAUGACAGGAAACUUACUAAUACAGUGGUGGACAUGUGAAAUAACCACAGGAAUUGUGGAAAUAGCAGAAAUAAAAGAAAUGAAGGAAAAGACAGAAAAAUCAGAAGAAAGCUUAGAAAUACACAAAUCAAGAAGAUUUGCACUUUCAAAUAGAGAAUUUGUAUAUAUAAGCAGAUAUAUAUACAGCGAGCUAGGAGUUAUUAAUGAAUUCACAGAUUAUGUAAAUAAUGCGAGAAGAAGAGAAUUAUUGAAAAUAUCCAAAAUACCAAUCGACAGGUAUAGUACAACAAAAAGACUUGCACUGUUUUUGUCGAUAUUUACAGAGUAUUUAAAAAUAGACACGGAAAUAAAGUCGUAUGUAACGCAGCCAAUUGAUCCUGCUGUAGAGGAGUAUGAUGCUGUGAUAGGAAAGAAGAUUGAAUCGAUAAUCACAUCAAUACCAGAAGAAGAUUUAGAUUAUGAGUAUAUUUUCAAAAAAAUCAGAAUAUUUUUUGUGUCUAUACAAUCACACCAGGACGCGCACUUUAAGAGCCUUUCUGAGAUGCUUAUACAGGCAGCGUACAAGUGCAUAAACAACGAUGCCAGCCAGUCUGAAAAUAGGCUAAAGAGCAUUAUAGCAGAGAAAAGGCCCGCAAAAGAUAUUCUUUUCGCUGUUUCUUCUGAAAUCAGAAGAUUUUUUAGAGAAUCAAAGCAAAUGGUGCAUGAUAUAGAGCAGGUAGAGAAUGAACUGGACGAUAUUAUUUUGAAGUUUACAAAUACAUUAGUUAGAUGUGUAUCCCCGGUUAUACAAUCUGCAGCAGAAGAGGGCGCGCUUAUAAUUGAAGGGUUUGCAUCUGACCUCCUGGAGAGUAUUAAGCAAGAGCUAAUUAACCAUAAAUGUAGUUUGCCAGAGGAUGUUUUAUACAAUAAGCUUCCAGAUCUAAAAAAAACAAAAGAGCAGGAGUGUGCUAUUAUCCAGCGAACAGAGGAAGACUUAAGCAAACAAAUGAAGAGCAUAACAGACCAAAUAAAGAAAACCAUAAAGAGCAUAACGCCGAGAACAGAAGUAUCCUUAUACUCUGACAGGGUAUCGCGUGUUCUUGAGCAGUAUAAAGGAAAAGUACACCCAGAUGUUCUUCAGGGGCAUUUAGAUACUAUUCUUGCAUAUACAAUAGAAUAUAUUGACAGCAUAAAAAUAUACAAGCAAAUGGAUGCCCUUGAAAAUGACUUUGCCAUUUUGUAUAAGUCAGUGCAGUAUUUAGAUCUAGAAACUUUAAACACCAAGAGAAUACUGAAAAUGUUCACAGAGAUAGACUGUCUUAGAAAAGAACAAAAGAAGAGUGCUGAUGAUGAAAUCGCAGCUGAAAUAAAUACGAUAUUAGAUAGGUAUACAGAAAAAAAGUAACUGCAAGGACCAAUUAAUACGCAUCCAAAGUAUACAUAAUUAAAGAAAUACUCAGGCAUGUAUUUUUCGGGAUAUUUGGAUUACAUUUAUAUUAGGUAGUCUAAUAGGUGGUAAAUAAACAAAGACAAUUAAUUUGUGUGUAUUUAUGUAUAGAUUGUGCAAACAAAAC